CAGUAAGUCACGCUAGCCGGUGUAGCCAUGGAUGUAUAAAGAGAGUGUAACCAAGGAAACAAAAAACCGGAAAAUACACAAACGGCUGAUGGCGCGGUAACGUUACGUCGAUUGAGUUGAAAUAUGGCUGAUUAUAACGCAAUGACAAAAACAAGACCCAACUCCUCCGAGUCUCCAGCUGAAUCCCCUGAAAGCAUGGGAAGCACCAGCAGGGGCGUGAAUGCAUCUCCUUCCUGUUACUCAGAUGUGUUGAACGCAUCACAAACAGGAUAUGCUAAGAAGGAAUUUAUUAUGAUGGCACCUGAAGAAAAGCUCAAACACUUCAACAGACGAGCUCAGGCCUGUGAAGACAACCAAGAGUUUGAUGCUUGCAUACAGGACCUGGUGCGUUGUGUGGCUUUGACUAGGCUGGUUUAUGGGGAUGGACAUCUGAAAGUAGCCCAGGCCCAUGCCAGACUGGCUCAAGCAUAUUUCCAAUUCAACGGCUGGGGACUGCAGGCCCAGGAGCACUCUGCCCUGGCCAGAGAUCUGCUUCCUUUCUGCUCCUCCAUCUCCUCUGGCAGAGGUGAAAAGCAUGAGGUUCUCCUGUGUCUUUUGAACAUACACCUCAUUCAGGGAGGCGCUUCACUUCUGACAGUCAAUCUCGAGGAGGCACAAUCCUCUUUUCUUGAGGCAGAAGAAGUUCUUGAGGAGCUUCAUCCACAGGGUGGCAUCAACCAGGAAGAGAAGAUGAGGACUGAGCUGGAAAUCUCCACUGGUCUAUCCAGGGUCUAUAGGAGACAGAACAGACCAGAGGAUGCAUUAAGGCAGUGUGAGAAGUCUCUGCAAGUGCUGAAGGAGUGUGGUAAGCCAGAGAAGACAUGUUCCGUCUACAGGGACAUGGCUGCCAUCGAACAGGACAAAGGUCAUUUGGACCGAGCCAUAGAGCAUCUCUCCAAGGCUCAUGCCAUUGCUAUGAGUCACAGCCCAGAGGAGCUGGAGGGGGCUCAGAUCUGCCACAGCCUGGCUCUCCUCCUUUCUGCUGCAGCAGAGCCCCGUCACAAUGACUCUGCAGGUCUCUACUUUGAGCAGAGUCUAAGUGCGUACAAACACUGUGCAGGCCCUCAGGAUCCUGCCUUUCUCACGGCCCAGGAUGAUUUCUGUCGUUUCCUCCUCCUCAGUGACCAGCAAGAGAGAUGUGUGGAGAUCCAGAGAGCUUCUCUUGCGACAAAGAGAUCUACUUUUGGUGAUCUGAGUGCUGGGGUAGCAGACACCCUUCAGCUGAUAGGAAGUGUAGAGAUGAGUGAGGGCAGGGUGAAGCAGGCCCAUAGGACCAUGACAAAGUGCCUGGAGAUCCAGAGUUUGUUGUACGGUUCUCAGCACAAGAAGACAAAAGCUACACAAAAAGCUGUGGACAUGCUGGCCCGAGCCCCCGAGAUGGCUGAGAGACAGAAGAGGCGAGGUAGAAGGAAAACAAAUCAGACACAGUCAGUUGCACCAUCCGCUGGCAAUGAUGGACACUCAAUGUCUGACCCCUAAAAUGUGAAUAGUUGAUUAUUUUGUCAGAACAAUGCAGGUUUGGAACGGAUAUUUGUCUACUGAUAUUUGUAUUUAAAAAGUUUGUCUUGCUUUUACUGUAUAUAAUAACACAGGCAGCUACCAAUGUUGAAAAUGAGCUUUAGUGACUUGAUAUAUCUACUGGAAUAACGUGAUAUUGAGUAACAUUGGUGAUAUAAGUAAGCUUUGAAGAAAUACCCACACUCAGAAAUCAUACUCACAAUAGAUUUUAAUUGUGUUAAUCAAUUUCCAAAUAAGGGCUGGAACCUUUUUCACCAAUAAGCAAUAAUGACAAUUGUUAAAUAUAAAUCAUUAUGUCAAUAAAAGCAAUGAUGUUUUAAUAACAUAUAUUGAACAUUUGACUCAUUAAACUUUCUUUAUAUAUCAAUACAUGUUCUGUAUGCUGAUGUAAAACAUUUGAAUACAAAGAAAUGGCACAUUAUCCAGAUGACACUUUGUACAUAGAUGCACAUAUUCCUAAUUAAGCCACAAGUUAAGUGCACUGAUGUACAUAUUUUAUUUCAAUUACUGCAGUUUGCAAAAUGUAUGGAAAUAUGCUGUCUCUGGGCACUUAAAUGCAAGUCUUUUUAAUUGAAGUUUCAUCCAGAGUAUUUCUAAAAAUUAACAUAAUUAUUAAGCAUUCAUGCUUAACUUUGUGUUUUUGCACAUUUCUUUAACAUAAUAGUGCCAAGAAGCCAACCUGUGAAGAAAUGACUAAAUAGUUACAAAGUGUACAUUUUGCAGACACUUAGACAAAUGUGCACGACUAAACUGUAAUCAUAGUGGACCAUUUCUGCCUCUGCAACUAGUACGCCACACAACAAAACCUAAUGAGCAGUCAAUGCCGCUAAGCUGCUGAUCCAAAAAUAGUCACUCACGGUCAUGGACACACGUAUGUACGAGCAAAGGUGAAUCCUUCCUGUCAACACUGUGACGCCAACGAAUGCUUACGAGCCAAAAGGCGUCCAGACAAGACAUACUGUACAUCAAACUACAUGUGAUUAUAUGUUCAACACUAUCACUGUUUCCUUUUUAAUUAAUUACAUUUCUUUUACUCCGUCCUUUCAUCUUAGUAUUUCACCCUCUAAAAUUGACAACCCUAUUUUAGUGUUCUAAAUGGUAUGAUUUGCCAUUAUAAGUUCCCAGCUCCCUAACUACAUGUUUGCUGUUGUAGAAUUAGAAAUGUAAGAUACUGACACACACCAUGUAAAGACACAUUUCACAAACCCAUUCCACAA